CACAUUGUCCAGUGAGCGAUCGCAGGUUGAGAAGAUGAACGCUCUGGUGUGCUGCUCGUUGAUUGCUGUCUUGUUGUGUCUCUCUGUGUGCUUGAGCACAACAGAUGCCAAAAAACAUGCCAGAGUAAAACGAAACGCUCGUUUGUCACCAGAAAAGCCAGGAGUGUGUCCUGGAAACAAUCUUAAAGAUGAAAUAUCAAGAGUGUGUGUCGGGAUGUGUUCUCAUGACUGUGACUGUCCGAAUGAUGAGAAAUGCUGCCGCAAUAGAUCUAGAUAUUAGUGUAUGCCUCCAUAUAAAACAGAAAAGCCAGGAUCGUGUCCACAACCCAUUGGAUUUGGACUGUGUGUUGAGGAGUGUUCUGGUGACAGUAGCUGUCCAAACAAUCAGAAAUGCUGCAGCAAUGGAUGUGGACAUCAGUGUAUGGCUCCAUAUACAGCAGAAAAGCCAGGAUCGUGUCCACAACCCAUUGGAUUUGGACUGUGUGUUGAGGAGUGUUCUGGUGACAGUAGCUGUCCAAACAAUCAGAAAUGCUGCAGCAAUGGAUGUGGACAUCAGUGUAUGGCUCCAUAUACAGAAAAGCCAGGAGUGUGUCCUGGAAACAAUCUUAAAGAUGAAAUAUCAAGAGUGUGUGUCGGGAUGUGUUCUCAUGACUGUGACUGUCCGAAUGAUGAGAAAUGCUGCCGCAAUAGAUCUAGAUAUUAGUGUAUGCCUCCAUAUAAAACAGAAAAGCCAGGAUCGUGUCCACAACCCAUUGGAUUUGGACUGUGUGUUGAGGAGUGUUCUGGUGACAGUAGCUGUCCUAACAAUCAGAAAUGCUGCAGCAAUGGAUGUGGACAUCAGUGUAUGGCUCCAUAUACAGCAGAAAAGCCAGGAUCGUGUCCACAACCCAUUGGAUUUGGACUGUGUGUUGAGAAGUGUUCUGGUGACAGUAGCUGUCCAAACAAGCAGAAAUGCUGCAGCAAUGGAUGUGGACAUCAGUGUAUGGCUCCAUAUAGAGCAGAAAAGCCAGGAUCGUGUCCAAAACCCGUUGGAGCAGGACUGUGUUGAGAAGUGUUCUGGUGACAGUAGCUGUCCAAACAAUCAGAAAUGCUGCAGCAAUGGAUGUGGACAUCAGUGUAUGGCUCCAUAUAGAGUAAAGCCAGGCGUGUGUCCAAAAACAACUCCCAAAAUAAAAAGUGUUUGCACUGAGUUGUGUUCUCAUGAUGGUGACUGUCAGAAUGAUGAGAAAUGCUGCAGCAAUGGAUGUGGACCUCAGUGUACAUCUAUAUCUAAAGCAGUAAAGCCAGGAUCGUGUCUGAAACCUGUUGGACCUGGACUGUGUGUUGAGAAGUGUUCUGAUGAUGGUAGCUGUCCUAACAAUCAGAAAUGCUGCAGCAAUGGAUGUGGACAUCAGUGUAUGGCUCCAUAUACAGCAGAAAAGCCAGGAUCGUGUCCACAACCCAUUGGAUUUGGACUGUGUGUUGAGGAGUGUUCUGGUGACAGUAGCUGUCCUAACAAUCAGAAAUGCUGCAGCAAUGGAUGUGGACAUCAGUGUAUGGCUCCAUAUACAGCAGAAAAGCCAGGAGUGUGUCCAAUGACUUUUGCUAAAGAAGAAGGACCGUGUGAAGCGUUGUGUGUCAGUGACUUUGACUGUUCAGGAAAUGAGAAGUGCUGCAGCUCUAUAUGUGGAGGACGUAUAUGUACACCUGCAUUUUAAGUGAAGCCUGGUCUGUGUCUCAAACCAAAUGUGUGCUGAUAACUCUUCCAUGAUUAAUGUCCUUCCAGACAGAAGUGUCCCAGACACCGGUGGACAUGCAGAGAACACGACAAUUUAACCAUUGGAAAAAGCCACCCCCAAUGUUGUACUUAAGGUCUUUUUGUCCUCAAAUAAAUCUGUUUAAAGGUC